GCCCCUGGCCCACGUCUCCUCUCCCCUCACUCCUUGGACACGUAGGCUGGAGUGUGGGCUGGGCCUUGGGCCCCGCGGCUCUGCCCAUGGCCAGACCUAAAUGAGGCCGCCCCGGGCCUCGCGGGGCUCGUCUUGUGGCGCGGGGGGCCGGGGCGGAGCGACGCCUUGCGGGGGGCCGGGAUAGGUAAGGCGGCCGUCCUCAUGGAGCUGAACCUUGAGGCGUGCCCCAAAGCUGAAGAGUUCCAGACCUGGGCAAAGGCGCCGAGGUUGGAAGGGGGAUGUGUGCGAGGAACAGCUGGUAGGCUGGAAUGAUUUCCAGUUCCUGAGCCAGACACCAUUUUCCAAAUGGAGGAAGAAGAAAAACUGCAGAUUGUGGAGCCAGAGGAGGUUGAUGAUGGAGACUUGCAGAAGGGAAGAGCCUGCCCAGAAUCUAAGAAUGAAACUGAAAAUGAAAAAACAAAAGAAGAGCCUGUUUCAGAACAGGAAGUUUCCAAAGUAGAAUCGCCAGGCAAGUCAUUGGUAGGUGACCAGGGGGCCGUUUCCCAGGACUCCAAAUCUGGAGAAACUUUGGGAUCGGGGGACAGGUCAGAGGUACAACAGGAAAAGCCAGAAGGGAAAAUACCGGAAGGCUCACCUAACCAAGAGAGCGAUUUUGAUAAUGGGACCACCUCCGCAAGUGUGCCGCCGGAAGAAAAGGAAAGUGGCCAAAGCUCAAAUCCCGAUCCACCCGAGACAGAACCUGCAGGAGAGAGACCCCCGAGAUGUGAGCUGCACAAACAUGGCUGCCGGCUGACUUCGGAAUACACGAGUAAGUCCAAACCCCACAGUGCAGACAAACCUCAUAAGUGUGAUCAGUGUGGCAAAGCCUUCAGGAGGAGCUCCAACCUUAUUCAGCAUCAGAAAAUUCAUAGUGGAGAGAAGCCUUACAAGUGUAACGAAUGUGGCAAAGCCUUCAGUCGUAGCACGACCCUCAUUCACCAUCAGACGAUCCACAGCGGAGAGAAACCUUAUGAAUGUAACGAAUGCGGCAAGGCCUUCAUGGCGAGUUCUGCCCUUGUCCGCCACCAGACAAUCCACAGCGGAGAGCGACCCUACGAAUGUAAUGAGUGCGGCAAAGCCUUCAGCCGCAAUUCCAUCCUUAUCGAGCAUAAGAGGAUUCACAGCGGAGAGAAACCUUACGAAUGUAACGAAUGUGGAAAAGCCUGCCGGGGGAGUUCCAAACUUAUUGAGCACCAGAGAAUUCACACUGGAGUGAAACCCUAUGAAUGUAAUGACUGUGGAAAGACUUUCAGUCAGAACUCACACCUCACUCAGCAUCAAAGAAUCCACACUGGAGUAAAGCCCUAUCAGUGCAGUGAGUGUGGCAGGGCCUUCAGGCAGAUCGCCACUUUUAUUAACCAUCAGCGAAUUCACAGCGGAGAGAAGCCCUACGAAUGCAAUGUGUGUGGGAAAGUCUUCAGGGUGAGAUCCAGCCUUAUUGACCAUCUGAGAAUUCACAGUGGAGAGAAACCCUAUGUAUGCCUCGAAUGCGGCAAAGCCUUCAUGCAAAACUCAAGCUUCGUUAACCAUCGGAGAAUCCACACUGGAGAGAGGCCUUAUCAGUGUAGCGAGUGUGGCAAGGCCUUCCGGCAGAGAUCCAGCUUUAUCAACCAUAAGAGAAUUCACAGUGGAGAGAAACCCUACGAGUGUAACGAAUGCGGGAAGACCUUCAGGGGAAGCUCAGACCUUAUUAAGCAUCGGAGAAUUCAUAGCGGGGAGAAGCCCUACGAAUGCAGUGAGUGCGGCAAGGCCUUUCGGGGGAGCUCAGCCCUUCUGGAACAUCAGCGGAUCCACAGAGGGGAAAAGCCUUACAAGUGUCACGAAUGUGGCAAAGAUUUCAGGUGGAGUUCGUACCUUAUUCAGCAUCAGAGAAUUCACAGUGGUGAGAAACCCUAUAAGUGCUUCGAAUGUGGGAAAGACUUCAGGGGGCGAUCUCACCUGAUUCGCCACCAGAGAAUUCACACGGGAGAAAAGCCCUAUGGGUGCAAUGAAUGCGAGAAAGCCUUCAGGGCUAGUUCGGAUCUAAUUCAACAUCAGAGAAUACACAGCGGGGAGAAACCUUAUGAGUGCCACGAAUGUGGAAAAGCCUUCAGAUUGAUUUCAACCUUUAUCAACCAUCAGAGAAUACACAGUGGAGAAAAGCCCUAUGAGUGUAUCAAAUGUGGGAAGGCUUUCAGAAGGAACGCGUACCUUAUUCGGCAUCAGAGAAUCCAUACGGAAGGAAAACCCUACGGAUGUCCCGAAUGUGGAAGAACUUUCAGAGGGAGCUCAGCCCUGAUCGAACACGAAAGGAUUCAUAGGGGAGAGAAACCCCACGAGUGUCCCGAUUGUGGCAAGGCCUUCAGAGCCAGCUCGGUCCUUAUUGACCAUCAGCGAAUCCACAGCGGGGAGAAACCCUACGAAUGUCAUGAAUGUGGCAAGGCCUUUAGGUGGAGUUCAGAUCUCAUUCAACAUCAGAGAAUCCACAGUGGGGAGAAACCCUAUAAGUGUAACGAAUGUGAGAAAGCCUUCAGGAGGAGCUCUGACCUCAUUAAGCAUCAGAGAAUUCAUAGUGGAGAAAAGCCUUUUGAAUGUAAUGCCUGCGGAAAAGCUUUUAGUGGGAGUUCCAAUCUUAUUAGACAUCAAAGAAUUCAUAUUCGAGAAUAAUCCCAUCAACUUAAUGAAUAGUGCUUUGGAUUUCAGUGCCAUAGGGAACUCCCAGAUGAGUCAGUUCCCUUCUCUGCAAUUUACUUAAUCCUACAGAGUUGCCUAAAUCACUAAAAAAGAGAUGAAUUGAUUUACCCGAGGUCACAGCUAGGAUGGUGGAGAAGGACUUAAAUCCAGGUCUGCCAGUUCUCUCUACAACUAUCUGUUAUGAGUUAUUCAAUCAGAUAUGUGGCUUUUUCACACUUGGCAGCGGGAAGUCACAUUGAAAUCCUGCCUUCCUAGCUCUGUGGCCCUGGGCAAGGCAUCUCACGCCUGUCAGCCUCAGUUUCCCCAUCUGCAAAAUGAAGGGGCUAGAUGCAAUGGCCUCCAAACCUAGAUGUAUUAGAGGCCAUUCAUUAAUCAAACAUUUGCUAAGCACCUAACACAUAUGUAACAGUUUUGGGCAUGAAAAAUUCUCAGUUAGGAUGUGAUACUUAAAUGUUAAUAGGGAGAUAUGGCAUAUAACACAGAGAACUGUAACCUAUAAUGACCGUUUGGAAAGGGUUAGCCACCGAGAAUUGAGAGCGUGUGUUUGUGUGUGUGUGUGAUUAUAGCAGCUCAUUAAACCUACUAAGGUAGGGGAGGGUCACGUAUCGGUCAGAGGAGGACAAGGAAAAUGGCACCAGGAACGCUUGGGCUGUUGAAGUUGCAGUGGGUAGGAGGGGGAUGAAGCGAGCAUGGCCUCCCAUUGUGAUGAGCUGGCCUCUGAGCCUUGAGAGAUCUCGAAAUGCUCUUUGGGUGCUAGAUCAAUGUCUUUGUAACCUUCCUGUACAUCUCUUUACUGUAUAAGAAAAGAGCACUUAAUAAAAUGUUGAGUUCCCCCAUUCCCGCUGUUGCCUGGUC